ACGUCUAGGCAGUCGCUAAUCGCAUCCUAGAAAAAAAUUCGAAAAGUCGCGAGGCCGGCAUGUAAACGACGCGGCGAGGCGCAAAGCGCGCGCGAAGUUGAUCGUCCGGGCGGAAAAGCAUCGGUCCCCCGUGGAAAAAAACGUGAGGAAAAACCUUGAGAAAUUUUCAGUGAUUUCAACUCUUUAAAGUCAGCAGUCAAGCCCAGGCAAUAAAUGCAUUCCCCUCGAGGAUAAAUUUAAUCGCUGCAUUUGGGUUAGCGACCUAACCGUCUAAGAAUUGGCUCUCAAAAUCGACUCAUUACGUAACCAGUAAAUCUAGAUCAGCCAAAAUUAAAGAAAAACGCUGGACUUUGAGUAGAAAGUACUUUCGAAAAAGUUCUCGGCAUCUUUGUUAUUUUUUUAUUUUUUUGUCUGUAAAUUAAUUUUUACAAACAAAAUUUUGUUGAUGUUACUUUUUGAUAUUUAUGAAUAGACUGCCGAUCGAUAUGUGAUAGUCGAAUCUUCAGUUAUAAAAGACGUCAAAAGUGAAUUGGAUUUCAGUGAUUAAAGUAGUGUUUAGUCUGGCAGAAGAAAUCCCUGGAAUGUCAUACGCGAGUGUUCACUGCUUCCUGUGUCCAUGAAAAGAAAUGCAUGUACUCGCCUCGUAGACGAUUGGGAAUCAUAUGCAUUUAACUAUUAUACGUGUUCAGGCACAAUACCAGAAAAUAAACCUAUUCCUACUUUCAUGGAAGAAGAUAGAUGGACCGAGGGUAUGAAACACUGCGUAUUUCCUGUAACAAGGCCUAGAAAAGUUGUAAUUGGCUUUAAAUGUAAAUACGUUUAAUCAUGAAGUUGAAGAUUAAUGGAAGCUUCGAAGAGUGAAGUAAAAUUGCGUCUCGCGAUCAUUAUCGUCGUGUGAACUCAAGUGACAUAUUGACGGUUCCGACAACUCGAUGUAAAUCUUCUGCUUAGAAUGCAUCAUAUGUAUCCCGGGUCCAAAGGGGAUCCUUUAUGUCCUCUUGGCUUUCAUCCGCAAGUGCGAUGGCCGACACGCUGUAAACGAUGCUUCAGGGAUUACAAGGAUCAUGGGGGAAAAAGCAGAAGCAUAAAAGACACAACAUCGUCGACACCUAGUUUGUCCGUACGUGAACAAUCAGCAAAAAGCUCUGCUGAGAAUUCCGACAGCAAAAGGACGUGGGCGUCAACGUCAAAUUUAUUAAAAGACGAGUCAAAAAGCUACAUCACACCGGAAGUAACAGUUGCAUGGAACUCGGCACUAGAUCUCACCUCUGUCACGGAUAAUACCACCGAGGAGUUUCUCAUCGUUGGGAAAAAUAAAACUAUACGGCCUAAAACGUACGCUGGAUCUCAAUCUGACAGCUUAAAUUUUCGACGCCACUCAGUUGAUGAGAGCGCCAUUAGCAGACCGCAAAAAUUGCAAAUCAGCCGUGUCAUUAACAAGAGUAAUGGAAAUGCUUCCGAUACAGAUGCUGAGUUUAUUAUACAGGUCAGAAAAUCACGUACGACUGAGGCUGAUAUAUCAUCGAAAGGCGAGAAGGAAAAUUCAGUUGAUUCCGUAAAUGGAAAAGGUGGAAAAACAGAAAAGAAUGAAACUGAAAAAUUGAGAGCACAACUGCAUGAUCUGAGAGUAAGAUGCGAAAGGGCAGAAAAAGAAAAAAGCGAAAUUUUACUUCGCCGUCUAUCGAGCAUGGAUUCUGUCUCAAAUGGCAAAAGUACGAGCAAUGACGUAAUGAAACUCCAAAAAUCUAUCAAAGAACUCCAAGCAAAGAAUGAAGCCCUCAGUGAAGAAAAAGGCAGUCUCUCCUCUAAACUAAAAAACCUGGAAAAAGAACUAAGCCAAAAAACAAACAAAAGUGAAAGGGAGAAAUUGAGCGAGGAAUUGAAAUCAAAAUUAAAGGCAGCCGAAACUCUCUGCGAGACUCUAAUGGAUGAGAACGAAGACAUGAAAAAGGAAAUCCGAGAAAUGGAAGAGGAAAUUUACGAGAUGCAAGAUAAUUUCAGGGAUGAACAGGCAGAUGAGUACUCGAGUCUUAGAAAGAACUUGGAGCAAUCGAACAAAAAUUGUCGAAUUCUCUCUUUCAAGCUCAGGAAAUUUGAAAGAAGAGCCGAGCAACUGGAGACGGAAAAAGUCGAUUUAGAGAAAAAAUAUGACCAAGCGAAAAAGAUAGAAGAUAUUUUGAAGCAAGUCGGCAACGAGUACAAAAACAAAUCACAGAAGAAAAAUAUGGAGUUGGAGUCAAAAGUUCAUCUAAAAAAAAUGAUGGACGAUAUAGAUGAGGAAAUAGGUGAUGUUCUUGGUAUGGUCGUAAGUGCUAUUGAAGGUGGUGGAGUUGGUCUUCGAAAUUCGAAAGCAAACGAAACCAAUUUAAAGUAUGAAACUUUAUCAAAAGAGCAUGGACUCUUAAAAGAGAAAUUAGAAAAAACGUUGAAGGAAUUAUCUAGUGAAAAAGAGACGAAAAAGUCCAAAGUACCUAAAACUGAAGAUGGAAAAAAUGGAGAGCUUCAAAGCAAUCCGUUUUCAGUAAAUAAGAAAUUAGAAGAUACAAUCGCUUUAACGGAUAUUGAGCGAAAAUCUUGGGAUGUAGAAAAAGGAAAAUUGCAAGAAGAAAAGGAAAAAUUGAAGUCCAAACUUCUGUCGCUAUCAGCUGAAAAGCUUAAAGUUUAUAAUGAAGUUGUCCAGCUUAAAAAGGACCUUGAAACUGCAACUUCUUCUAAAAAAGAUAAUGCAAAAAUGGAAACAGUAUUGAGUGAUUUGAGGAAGGAAUUGGCUCAAGAAAAGGAAAGAAAUAAAAAGUUACAGGAAGAUUUAACAUCUUUUACAGAAAAGGAAACUAGAAUUUCAAAAGCAUUAGCCUCAGUUGAACAAACCAAAAUUCAACUUGAAGGGGAUUUAAAGCUGAAGAUGCAAGAAAUUGAAAAUAUGAAGUCAACCUCGUCGAAAAAAAUUGCAGAUUUAACUACAGAAUUAGACAAAUUUAAAAAGGAGAAAGACCAAUUAAAAACUUUAUCAGAGAAGGACAAGCAAUCAAAAGACUUAGAAAUUACUACUCUUAAAAAACGAAUAGCGUCCCUGGAAAAAACAGGCUUGAGUACCAAAAAAAUGAACGAGAUGAAGCAAACAUACAACGAAAGGAUAUUAAAUUUGGAAAAUGAGGUUAAGAAGAGUUUGCAACAAUUCGAUGAAUUGCACGUAAAACAUGAAAAACUUGUAGAAUCUAGAACGCAAUUAGAAGGAGAAAAUCAGACGCUAAACAGUCGCCUAUUGCAUCAGCAAUCUGGAGUUGAUUCUGUACAAGCAGAAUUAAUAAAUCUACAGCAGACUUUGAAGUCCAAAGAAAAUGAGUGGAACGCUAAUAAAAUUAAUUUAGAUGAGAAAAUACGUGAACUUGAAAGAGCUGCAACUACUCAUUCUCAGGAUGAAAUAAAAGAAGAAAUUGAUCGAUUGAGAAGAGAAAAUAGUUCCAUGAAAGAACAGCUCAAUGAUUUGAAGAAAGCUAAUGAUGACCUGAACAGUAAGCUUAACGAUUACAACUCCGUGACGAAAAUCCAGCGAAAUUUCUCGGCAGAUUCCUCGGCACUCGAGUCAGAGUUAAGAAAGGCGAAAAAUGCUCUCGCCAAUGCAGAAAAGGCAAAGAAAGCAGAUCUCGCGCAAUGCAAGAUGCGAUAUGAGCACAGGAUCUCGGCGAUCAAUGAUGAAAUCCAGUCCAUACAAACACAACUUUCGCGGUACAAACGCGAACGCGAUACCUACAAGCACAUGUUGGAGGGCGCGCAAAAAACUAUUGCGGAACUCAAGAUUGCAAGGCAACGGCGGCAUUCGACGACAUCCAAUGGAAAAUCAACUGACGAGGAUGAAGAAACAUCCCUGAUGAACGUGACCGUUCUGGAGAAACAAAUUCUUUCCAUGGAGGACGAAUUAUCAGAAACGAAGCUCGAGGCUUCUAAAUUAAAGACUGAAUUAGUAUCAGAAAAGUCUGCGUGGCAAAUAAAAUUAUCAGAAAUGCAGUCGCGCAUAAAUGAAUUGGAGGAAGAGCGUCUUCUCUCGAGUGGACGAACGAAAAUUCCAGGCCUGAAAGUGCGUAUGGAACUUGCUUGGCAAAAAGAAAGAGAGGAUCAGCACAGAUUACUUCAAGAAACGGCAACGCUCGCUCGAGACUUGCGGCAAACACUAUUCGAAGUUGAAAGGGAACGCGAUAAGGAACGACUAGAAAAUAAGAGAAAACAGGAUCAACUCAAGAAGGUCUUCGACGAAGAGAAGGAUGAUAAUAAGAAAAAGCUUAUUGAGUUGCAAUGCGAUUUACUCGAAUUGAGAGACGCCCACGCAAAGUUGCGAACAAGUAAUGAGAAGAUGCGGAGAGAAAAAGAGCGUCACGAGAGGGAAAGGGAGGAACUAAAAACGAUUAUAGCAAAUAAACGGCACAUAGAACAGACGGAAGCUCGUAACAUUAACAUUUUGCUACAACAAGUCGACGACUUGAUGAAACUCUUCCCAGAGUUGAAGAGCUCGACUGAAAAGAAACCCCCUGAAGUUUACACACCCACUCCUCCAAGAAGACUGAAGGGACCAAAAUCAAGAGAAUCUUCGCCAAUGCUGGAAACCAAGGACGAUAAAGGUGGAAAGAUGGAAGGAAGAGCCGAAAAACUUGAAUACACAAUCGGGAAAUUAAUGGAGGUAGCAAAAGAACUGCAGGAAUCAAAGAAAUCUAGCGAUGAGAGCACUUCCAAUCGGACAAAGAAGUUCGGUAAAAGGUCAACGUCCAUCGACAAUGACACUCGAAGAGGAACAACUCCAAGUCGUAAACCAACUUUGAAGAGAAAGAGUCUCUCGCUGGAACAGACUACAAGCAAAAACGAUCAGUCAAUUUGGGGAAAUGAUAGUAACGUAUCAAGUAUGCAAUCUUUGGAUGGCUCAGAAGUAGAUUCCAGGCACUUUAGUAUACAAAGAGAUUCGAGCGUUGACAGUCGACUUUCUGGUGGAUCAACUAAGAGUGAAAUGCUGCACCGAGAGAAAAAGUACAGCAAGAGUAUAAUUAAAAAGCUAACGACAAAGCUGACCAAGUCCGCAAGCGUUGAUGAUCCCAAUAGUUCCAUGGAGUUUUCACUUCAAACCUCGGGUUCUGAAGUUAGCAUUAACGAGGACGUUAAGCGUGAUAAGAAAAACCUGAAGAAGAAAUUAACGGACAUGUUUAAGAGAGGUUCGAAAAGUAACGGUCUGGAUAAAAAGUCUGGCUCUCAGGACACCAGCAGACCCUCUUCGAGAAACUCGCUAGCCUCUUCGAAGAACUCAAAACCUUGAUGAUGCCAAGCUCCGGAUAAGUUCAGAAUUAAUGUAAAUAAAAGAAAGCAACAUUCUGUAAAUAUAUCACGUUUAUUGCUCUCGUAACUUUCGGGAUCUAGAAAUUUCCUCAGCAUAACGGAGAUACUUUGAGCAAUGAGUUUAACGCGAACAAAUGCCAUUCAGCAUUUACAUGCAUCUUCCCUGAUCAGAGGCUGAAAGAAAAUUUUAUUUGUGCACUAAAAAUGGUCUUUUAUUAGCUAAUUUUCAUUAUUAACUCGACUACUCAUGUGUUUCUGUAUCUGUAAUGUAUAUACGGUGUCAAUAUGUUACGUGUACAUAAAAAUCGUGUACAUACGUAUAAAAUACAGAACUGUUGUGCCUUGUGCAUUCCUAAUGGAAA